AUGAGAAGCUUUCUCUACAUACUUGUGAUAGUGUUCCUCUUCUCAUCAUCUGUUAACGCAUGUGACCGAUGUGUUCAUAGUUCUAAAGCAGCUUAUUUCUCAUCUGCCUCUGCUCUCUCUUCCGGAGCUUGUGGUUAUGGCUCUAUGGCUACAAGAUUCGUUGCUGGACACAUUGCGGCGGCUACACCUUCCAUAUACAAAAAUGGUGCUGGCUGUGGAGCUUGCUUCCAAGUCAGAUGCAAGAACCCAAAGUUGUGUACAAGUAAAGGAACCAUUGUGAUGGUCACGGACUUGAACACGAACAGCCACACUGAUCUAGUCCUUAGUAAUAGAGCUUUUAGGGCUAUGGCUAAACCUGUUGGUAGUGCUGACAAGUACCUUCUUAAACAAGGCAUUGUCGACAUCGAAUACCAAAGAGUUCCUUGCAACUAUGGGAAAAGGAAUUUGCAAGUGAGAGUGGAAGAAGCAAGCAAAAAGCCAUAUUACUUGGCGAUAAAGCUUUUGUACCAAGGAGGCCAAACCGAAGUGGUAGGUAUCGACAUUGCUCAAGUUGGUUCGUCACAAUGGAGUUACAUGACAAGAAGCUACGGAGGCGUGUGGGCAACUGACAAAGUACCAACGGGAGCUCUACAGUUUAGGGUCACGGUGACAGGCGGCUAUGAUGGCAAAACGGUUUGGGCGAAGAGAGUUCUUCCAGCCAACUGGGAAGCUGGGAGGAUCUAUGAUUCCGGGGUUCAGAUCACUGACAUUGCUCAAGAAAGUUGUAAUACAUGCAGUAACAUAUGGAAGUGA